GAUAAUUUUGUCAGAAUGCGAUUUGAUAUUGAACAUAAACCAUUGCAAGUUGUUUAUAGCUAUUCAAGUUACACAGUAAAAUAGACUGAAAAAAAGUUGAAAAAAAACGGAACCAUUUUUGCGAAGGAAAAGAGUGAAAAAAAUGUUUGCUGAUCAACCAAAUUAUGAUCACCAUCAUCAUCAUCAUCAUAUCUUUGUGUAAGCUACACUGAUUAUGAUGAUGGUGAUGAUGAUGAUGAUAAUAAUAAUUGUUCAGUUUAUUAAGAUGAUGAGGUAAACAAGGGUACAAACAAAACCAGGGGAUAAGUUGAGUGAGAGCAAAUUUUGGUUUGAGAAGUGAGAAUGAAAAAAGCGAAAGUUGAAUGUAAAUGUAAAAUUUACUGUUAUGUUAACCUAGACAAGUUUCGAGCCAGUUUGGUGCCUAUUUUAGACACACAUCAUCAUCCUCACCAACCUCAUCUUCUUCGUCAUCUUGAUCAUCUUUAACAUCAUCUUUAAAGAGGAGCAAAAAAGCAACAGUAUUUUCAUCUACAAACUUGGGAAACAACACAAACACCACACACACAAAAAAUGCCAGCAACAUCUUUAACAAAGAGUCAAAUUAAAUCAAUGCGAGUUGAAAGGGAAAAGUUAAACCAUUUGUUUACCUUUAAUUGCUAUUACAAUUGUUCACAUUUUAAUAUUAUCUUCUUAAUUAUUAAUUCCUGAUUACUUGUGUUCAACCAUCUUUAACUACAAUUUAUAAAUUAAUAUUGUUAACUUUGCUCCACCGUUUCCCUUGUUUUUACCAAUGACUUCCCUUUACUCAAUGUGAGUUUUUUUACCAAUAAAUUGUCCUACAAUUUUGGAUUACCAUUUACUUCAUCUGUUAAUUUUUGGAUUAAAUUAAAUUGUUUAAGCUUCUUUUUGAUGCUCAAUCCAACUGGAUUAAGUGAUUAAGUAAUGGUGAAAUUAGAUUGGUAGUAACGUGUAUUUUUUGGGUUCAAAAGUGCUCCAUGAAAAAUGACUGUAAGUGUAAACCGUUUUUUUGUGAAACCCAUCUUAUAUCAAUGAUAUGUGAUCAAGUGAAUUUUUUAAUCAUCGGUGUUCAUCUGUGAUAAUCAUUGGUUCAUCGUUAUAUCAGUAAAUGAUCAUUUACUCGUUCGGAUUAAAUUAUUAUCGUACAAAGAUGCCUAUUAUUGAUGGUUAAAUCAUCAUGUACAAUAACUUACAAAAGGGUUUACCACUAAAAAUUUGGAUUGUAUUAAAGUUGCUGUCUCUACCAAAUCUUUACCGUCUGUUUGUUACCUUUACAAAUUAACUAUUUCCCAUUUCUAUCAAACCCGAUUUACCAAUUAAAUGAUAUCACAAUAUUGAUCAAAGCCUAUUCAAGUUUAAAACUCAAGCUAAUAGACAAACCAAAUAGGCAGCAAUGGACGCCAACAACCCAGGAUCAUUAUCAAUGAGUGGUGCUGCCAGUAAUCAAAUGUCCCAAUCAAUGUCCCACUCCACUUAUGGUGUACCACCACCAAGCCUUACCGUGCCCACCGUUAGUCCAGGUUACUAUGGUCCACCAGGAAACCCAUCGACAACCAUUUCUUUCCCAAAUAAACCAGAAAUUAGUUCACAACCAUUUUUAGCUCAACAACCUCCAUUAGCAACAACACUUCAACCAAAAGUGCCAAGUUUAACACCAACCGCAGCUCGAUCAAUAGGACCAGGAACAAAUCCAGCUACACCUGGGUUAACACCAGGAACAACCACUGGACCAGGGUUAAACUCAACAGGACCAACAGCAACAAGUUCACGUAAACCAGCUCGUAAAGGUCCAAAGAUACCAGAAAAAGCUCCUCGAUCAUUGUAUCUGUUUACAUUGGACAAUUGUUUACGUAAAUUUUGUAUCUCAGUGGUUGAAUGGAAACCCUUUGAGUGGCUUAUUUUAAUAACAAUUUGUCUAAACUGUGUUGCCCUGGGAGCUCAGCAACCCUUUCCAGCCCAUGAUACAAACUCAACGAACCAGUUUCUCGAGAAAAUUGAAUACCUUUUCCUAGCCCUGUUUACCGUUGAAUGUGUCCUAAAAAUAAUUGCCUUUGGUUUCUUCUUUCAUCCCGAAGCAUAUUUAAGAUCCUAUUGGAAUCUACUCGAUUUCAUUAUCGUCGUUAUCGGCAUAAUGAAUUGCAUCGUUUCCUUUAUUUUACCAACCUUUAACGUUAAAGCCUUACGAGCCUUCCGUGUUUUAAGGCCACUUCGUCUGGUCUCAGGAGUUCCAAGUCUUCAGGUUGUGCUUAAUUCAAUCAUCAAAGCAAUGCUACCCUUAUUUCAUAUCGCUCUUCUUGUGAUCUUUGUAAUUGUUAUCUAUGCAAUCAUUGGUCUUGAAAUGUUCAACGGUGUUUUACACAAAACGUGCUUUGAUAAUAUAACAGGUGAAAUGAUGGAGGAUCCAACACCUUGUGGUGAGGAAGCCUGGAAUUGUGAUGAUGAUUUAGGUGAUGGCGACUUCAUUUGCAGAGCUUAUUGGACUGGACCCAAUUAUGGGAUAACCAACUUUGACAAUUUUGGACUGGCCAUGUUGACUGUUUUCCAGUGCAUAACCAAUGAAGGUUGGACUCAAGUAAUGUACUGGAUGAACGAUUCCAUUGGGAACACAUUUCCUUGGAUGUAUUUUAUUAGUCUUGUUAUUUUGGGUUCAUUUUUCGUCAUGAAUCUGGUUCUUGGUGUUCUCAGCGGAGAGUUUUCAAAGGAAAGAGAAAAGGCAAAGGCUCGAGGUGAUUUUCAUAAGCUUCGAGAGAAGCAACAAAUUGAGGAAGAUUUAAGAGGUUAUCUUGAUUGGAUAACUCAAGCUGAAGAUCUUGAGCCUGAUGAGAAGGAACAGAAAGAUCGAUUGGGUGGACCUGUUCAAGAGAUGGAUGACAAGGCCAAUAUGGAUAAUGAUGAGAAUCAGCCAAAAGUGCCUUCAUUCCUUGAAACUACCAAGGAACGAUUUGAAGUGUGGAAUCGCCGAUGUAGACGAAGUUGCCGUAAAAUUUGUAAAUCAAAAGCACUUUAUUGGACGAUAAUUGUGCUCGUCUUUCUUAACACUUGUACAUUGGCAUCUGAACAUCAUCGCCAGCCUCCAGCUUUGGAAAGAUUUCAAGAUAAUGCUAAUAUAUUUUUUGUGAUACUUUUUACCCUUGAGAUGUUUCUGAAGAUGUACAGUCUUGGAUUGCAAGGUUAUUUUGUAUCUCUUUUUAAUCGUUUUGAUUGUUUCGUUGUUAUUGGAUCCAUUUCGGAAAUUAUAUUAACCAAGAAUCAAUGGAUGGAACCUUUAGGAGUUUCGGUUCUUCGUUGUGUCCGUUUACUUCGUAUUUUCAAAGUGACCAAAUAUUGGACUUCACUUCGGAACCUUGUUGCUUCCCUGAUUAAUUCAAUGAGAGCAAUUGCAAGUUUAUUGUUACUUUUAUUUCUGUUCAUUGUAAUCUUUUCACUUCUUGGGAUGCAAGUUUUUGGAGGUAAAUUCAAUUUACCAAACGGACCCAAAGCCAGAGCCAAUUUUGACUCCUUUUGGCAAGCAAUGUUGACUGUAUUUCAGAUUUUAACUGGUGAAGACUGGAAUGUUGUUAUGUACAAUGGUAUUCAAGCUUAUGGUGGAGUUGAAACUGUUGGUAUACUUGCCUGUGUAUAUUUUUUGAUACUUUUUGUUACCGGAAACUAUAUAUUAUUAAAUGUUUUCUUGGCCAUUGCUGUUGACAAUUUGGCCGAUGCUGAAAGCUUGACUAACAUUGAGAAGGAAGAAGAAGCUGAGCCUGAAGAGGAAUUACCUGAAGAAGCUAUAAUGGAAGAAGCGAAGGAAGAUGAAGUUGAAAUGCAUGCCUUGAGUCGAGGUAACUCUGAAUCUGGUUCUCGUCGGAAGCGCAAGAAAUCCUUUUACAACAACACUGCAAGUGCCAUUGGAACCGGUGAAAUUAUCGAUGAAUCUGGUGAUGAACCUAAAAGUGAUGGAUCAAUGACCAUACUUAAUAGAGCUCGACUCAAGCCCGAUCUGGAAUCCAUUUGUGUUAAAGUUGAAGAUGAAGAUGGGAAAGCGAUUAAUGAAACUAAUAAUGAAGUGAUUAAUGAUAAUCCAAAUGAUCAAGGAGAUGAUGAUGUUGAUGUUGACAAUGGAGGUGAGGCUGAUGAAGAUGAAGAUGCAACCCAGACCGGAGCAACUCGACGAAUCUCUGAUCCAGUUGAAACCAUGAAAAUAAAACCGAUUCCCAAUUACAGUUCCUUUUUCAUUUUUGGACCCAAAAACAAGAUCCGAUUAUUUUGCUACAGAGUGAUUAAACACAGUUUAUUUGGUAAUUUUAUUUUGGUUUGUAUAAUGAUCAGUAGUGCAAUGUUGGCUGUUGAAGAUCCAUUGGAAGGUAAUAGGGACCGAAAAAAGAUUUUAGAGACUUUUGAUGCCAUUUUUACAAUUGUCUUCACAUUGGAAAUCCUUUUAAAGACGACCGUUUACGGAGUUGCCUUGCAUAAAGGAUCCUUUUGUAGGGAACCUUUCAAUAUAUUGGAUGUUCUGGUUGUGGCUUGUUCCUUGUUAUCAUUUUUACCAGAGAGUGACGAGUUAAGUGCCGUUAAAAUUUUAAGAGUAUUAAGGGUUUUAAGACCACUUCGAGCCAUCAACAGAGCCAAAGGUUUAAAGCAUGUAGUUCAAUGUGUAAUUGUGGCAAUCAAGACUAUUGGAAACAUCAUGUUGGUUACCUUUUUACUCAACUUUAUGUUUGCAGUUAUUGGAGUUCAAUUGUUCAAGGGGAAAUUUUAUUCAUGUACAGAUGAAUCAAAGGAGACUCCAGAAGAUUGUCAAGGAUUUUUCAUCGACUAUGAAAGCGGUGAUGUUAAUCGUCCAAUAAUUAGAGAGCGAACCUGGGACAACAAUGUAUUUAAUUUUGAUGAUGUCGCCAAAGCCAUGUUGACCCUGUUCACCGUAUCGACAUUUGAAGGUUGGCCGACAUUAUUAGAGGUUUCAAUGGACUCUCGAGCUGAAGAUCUUGGGCCUACCAUGAAUUAUCGUCCUGUUGUAUCAAUAUUUUACAUUAUUUACAUCAUUGUAAUUGCCUUUUUCAUGGUUAACAUAUUUGUUGGUUUCGUUAUUGUAACCUUUCAAAAUGAGGGUGAACAAGAGUACAAAAACUGUGAACUGGACAAGAAUCAGCGAAAUUGCAUUGAAUUUGCUUUAAAAGCGCGACCUGUUCGUCGUUAUAUUCCCAAACAACGAAUCCAAUAUAAAGUCUGGUGGUUUGUUACCUCAACCUAUUUUGAGUAUUUCAUCUUUAUCCUCAUUCUUGCCAAUACAACAACCCUUGCAAUCAAAUUUAACGGACAAUCACAAACAUAUACCGAAGUCUUGGAGAAAUUGAAUCUCAUUUUUUCAAUAAUCUUUGCCAUUGAGUUUAUCCUGAAACUGUAUGCCUUUCGAUUUAAAAAUUAUUUCUCCGAUUUUUGGAACAUUUUGGAUUGUAUUCUUGUUCUUGGAUCAUUUGUACAUAUCGGCCAUGAUGUUAUUGUAAAGAAAGCUUCCAAUCUAACCAAGGAAGGAGCUGGUGGAAGUAAACCUUUCAAUAUGAACUUUUUCCGUCUCUUUCGGGUUAUGAGGUUGGUCAAACUGUUGGCUCGUGGUGAGGGUAUUCGAACCCUUUUAUGGACCUUUGUCAAAUCAUUUCAAGCUCUUCCUUAUGUUGCUCUUCUAAUUUUACUUCUUUUCUUCAUCUAUGCCAUUGUGGGCAUGCAAACCUUUGGUAAAAUAGUGCUUGACUCAAAUACGGCCAUUAAUAGAAACAACAAUUUCCGUUCCUUUUUCCAAGCCAUUAUUGUGCUCUUUCGAUCGGCUACCGGGGAAUCUUGGCAAGAAAUUAUGAUGGCUUGUACUGACCAACCUGAAACCAAGUGUGACCCAGCAGCUAAAUCAAAGGAAAAGUGUGGCUCUCCAUUGGCUUACCCUUAUUUCAUCUCAUUUUACAUUCUUUGUUCCUUUUUAAUCAUCAAUUUGUUUGUGGCUGUUAUUAUGGAUAAUUUUGAUUAUUUAACACGAGAUUGGUCUAUUUUGGGUGCUCAUCAUUUAGAUGAAUUUGUCCGCCUUUGGUCUGAAUAUGAUCCUGAUGCUAAGGGAAGAAUCAAACACUGUGAUGUUGUCACUCUUUUACGGAAAAUAUCACCGCCUCUUGGUUUUGGCAAGCUUUGUCCUCACCGAAUUGCCUGUAAAAAAUUGGUCUCCAUGAAUAUGCCUCUUAACUCGGAUGGAACUGUGAUGUUUAAUGCAACUCUUUUUGCUCUGGUUCGAACCAAUUUGAAGAUAAAAACCGAUGGUAACAUUGACGAGGCCAAUGAAGAGUUACGAGCCAUUAUAAGGAAAAUCUGGAAACGCACUUCACCCAAACUGCUUGAUCAAGUUGUCCCACCAGCAGCUGAUGAUGAGGUUACCGUGGGCAAAUUUUAUGCCACCUUUUUAAUUCAAGAUUAUUUCAGAAGGUUUAAGAAACGCAAAGAAGAGCGAGAUAAACAUGGUAAUAAAGAUGAAGAUAAUGCGGUUGCUCUUCAAGCAGGAUUACGGAGGUUACAUGAAUUUGGUCCAGAAAUUCGUCGAGCAAUCUCUGGUUCAUUGGAUGAAGAUCAAUUUUUUGAUAGUCAAGAAGCUGAACCAAUGCAUCGAAGGAAUCACUCCUUGUUUGGAAAUGUUUGGUCAACUGUUAGAGGUAAAAGGAUGCCAAUGGGUCCUCCUUUAUCCCAAGGGAAUCGUUUCAAAAUGAAAGAAAUGGGAAUCCCAGGAAGUCCAGAACAAGAAGAUCCAUUCAGAAGUUAUUGCCAUCCUUUAUAUUCUCGAACUAAAAGCGAAUGUCCAGGUUUACCAUUGGUGCACGAAAUUAGGUCAAAACCAAGACCGUUAUCAGCUUAUUGUCAACAUGUUCAAAUUUGCUCUGAAUGUGGUGUUACCAAUGAUCAAUUGCAUGAUAUCCACCAACAACAAAACCAUCAGCAGCAGCCACAACAACCAAACCAGCAACAGAUGAUUGUUGACGCAUAUCCAACUAACCUUAAUUGUGAUUGUGGCAAGAUUGUUUCAUCAGCUCCAGUAAUGGUUGAAACUGUAUGCUCUUGCUCAAUUAACCAAUCAACUGAUCGUAUUUCACCAACGUCAAUAGAUUAUCCUUCAUCUCGUUCAAACCCGCCAAAAUUAUCCUUUCAACGACCUGCCAUUGCUGUUGUAAGUGCUUCCAUCGAUGAAGAUGAAGGUAGACCUAGACCACCCACUCCACCACCUCGUAGACAUACAAUUAAAUCAUCAUCAUUUCGUCGACACCUUCGCUGCCUGUCUAAACAAGAAAGUGAUCAAACAAGUUGUUCAUUGGAUCGACCAUUGGGUUGUAGUCUAACCAAUCUAACCUAUGAUUAUAAUUUAACAAGUGAUUUGCCUGCUCAACCACCAACUCCACCAGCCCGAUCCUCAACCGGCCAAGGUUCAUUAGCACCAGGAAUUUCUCACCAUUCCAUUGACCCUAAAACUUACUCUGAAAUUCAUUCAAUACCCACAACCAGUAGCUCAAGUAGUCAUGGGUCACACUCAGCCCCUACUUCAGCCCGUUCUCGGUCUGGAGAAGGCUGUGAAAGUAACAGUUCACCUCGCCAUCGUCGCCGUGCAAUGAGUAAUGUUGCUGUUUUCCUUAGGUUUGUCCCAGUACCAGCCAUGGCAGUGGCCGGCUUCCUACCUGAACCGACCAUCUUUGGAUCCAGAGGAAGUCCUCUUCGAGCUUCAUAUCAUGGUAAAGCAUCGGAAAAACAGUACAUUUCUGUUCCAGGAGCCAUGGAUAACAAACGAUCCAUUGAUGUUGUCGGUUCUGCUGAGUCGUUAGUGGGGCGAGUUUUACAAGAACAAGGGUUGGGCAAAUUUUGUGAUCCAGGAUUUUUGAGAGCCACUCAAAGAGAGAUUGCUGAAGCGUUUAAUAUGACUCCAGAAGAGUUGGAUCGAGCAGCUCAUCGUAUAUUGGAAGCUGAACGGAAAUCUUCACCUCAAUUACAGCCUCUCUCGUCACCUACUUCAGGCCAACAAUCUACCUCAACAACCACUCCUAAUGGAAACACUCCUGUACAUCAUUCAAACCUUCACUUAAUAAGAGGACGAGGAGGAAACGGUCAAAAUCAAACAACUAGUAAUGGUCGUAAUGCCACUCCAUCUCCUAUUAAAACACCAUCUAGUCCGAGCGAGGAUGAAGACGAAGACAAAUAUAAAGAUACUAAGCUAUAAAAUGAUUGGAAAUUUUAUUUCUUGGUUUCAUGGAAGUGUUUUGCAUGUAAAAGUUAUUUUAUAAAUCGAUGCUUAAUAAACUAGAAAUAUAUCAAGUGAAUAAGCUAUUGUACAAAAUAAUAAAGAUGCAUAAUUAAAUUUUAGAUCUAUUAAAGUUAUGAUUAAA